UUAAAGAAAGGGUUAGUAACGAGAUAAGAGAUAGAAACAGAGAAAAAAAGCUUCAGCACGAAUCGGCUGGAAACCAAGCCCAAGACUUAUCUCAUGUGAUUUUAACAGAGUCGCCUUCGUUGCAAACUGAAGUGUCUGAAUUAGAACAGGACGAUGAAAUUGAUAAAAACCAAAUCGUUGAACAAGGUUUAAUACAAGAAUUGCAUUUACCUACUAAAGAAAACAACAGCUCUAUCAAAAUUGGCAACUCUGGCAGCAAAUCAGGAAAUAUGUUUCCUUUGGAAAUUCUGCCCAACAUUUGUCUCAUUUAUUUAAAACAUCAAUCAAUCAAGGCAACAGGAAAACUUAAACUG